GAAACAUCUUGGGGCCUCAACAGUGCAGACAGCAGUGAUUCUUGCAACAUGCUGGAAAGCUGAUCAUUGCUCCCCUGCAGAGGUCUUCUUUCAAGGACAGUUAACUUUUUUCGCUGUAUCUAUAUAAACUGAGGGAACAGUAGUGGGUGCCUGUGUGGAUUAUAUAGUGAAAAGGCAAGAGUUCAGCAGAAUAGGACUAAUCUUGAAGUUGUUUGAAAACUUGAUGGCGUUUCUGUCUCGUAAACUACAAUCGUCAACAAUGUUUUGGUGUGAAGAACUGGAAGAUGACUAUGAAAGAGAAGAUGUUCAAAAGAAAACAUUCACAAAAUGGAUAAAUGCACAAUUUGGCAAGGCUGGGAAACCUCUGAUUGAAGAUCUAUUCACUGACCUACGUGAUGGAAGAAGGCUUCUGGAACUUCUGGAGGGUUUUAUUGGCCAUGAUCUAGCAAAAGAAAAGGGAUGCACAAGGGUUCAUGCACUAAACAAUGUCAAUCGAGCGCUACAAAUUUUGCAGAAGAAUAAUGUGGAUUUGGUAAAUAUUGGCGGAAGUGAUAUAGUGGAUGGAAAUCAUAAACUUACUCUGGGUUUGAUCUGGAGCAUCAUCCUUCACUGGCAGGUAAAAGAUGUUAUGAAAGGCAUCAUGGCCAACCUGCAGCAAACCAAUAGCGAGAAGAUUCUGCUGAGCUGGGUGCGCCAGUCCGUCUGUAACUACAAACCGGUCAAUGUUGUUAAUUUCACCUCCAGCUGGUCCGAUGGCUUGGCCUUCAAUGCACUCAUCCACAGUCACAGGCCUGACCUCUUUGAUUGGAAGGAUGUGGCAAAACUACAAUCGGCACACGAGAGACUGGAUCAUGCCUUCAAUGUGGCCAAACAGUAUCUUGGCAUUGAGAAGUUGCUGGAUCCUGAAGACAUUGCAACUGCACAACCAGACAAGAAGUCCAUCAUUAUGUACAUCACGUCGCUCUUCCAGGUUCUGCCCCAGCAAGUAACCAUUGAAGCCAUCCAGGAGGUUGAAACCCUGCCACGACAGCCAAAGGUCACUCAGGAAGAACAAAGAGAGAUGCUGCAAAAGCAGCAUUUCUCCCAGCAGCUCUCAGAACCCUCAGUAGAGAGGCCAGCUGGAAGCUUACUGAUGGAAGCAGAAGUGGACCUCGAUAGCUACCAGACUGCAUUAGAGGUCGUGCUAACCUGGUUGCUUUCAGCCGAGGAUUCAUUGCAGGCUCAGGGCAGGGUCUCUGAUGACGUGGAGGAGGUCAAGGAGCAAUUUCAUGCUCAUGAAGGUUUUAUGAUGGAGCUAACAGCACAUCAAGGUAGUGUGGGUAACAUUCUGCAGGCUGGGAAUCAGCUAAUUGCAGAAGGAAAAUUAACAGAAGAUGAAGAAAAUGAAAUUCGAGAACAGAUGAACUUGCUGAACUCCCGAUGGGAAAAUCUCAGGGUAGCCAGCAUGGAGAGACAAAGCAAGUUACAUGAAGUGCUAAUGGAUCUUCAGCAGCAACAACUGAAGCAUUUAGCUGAUUGGUUAACAAGUACAGAGCACAGAAUUCAACAAAUGGAGGCACAACCUCUUGGACCAGAUCUGGUAGCUUUAAAACAACAAGUGGAAGAACAUAAAGUACUUCAAGAGGACUUGGAGCAAGAACAAGUACGUGUCAACUCUUUGACACAUAUGGUGGUAGUAGUUGAUGAGAGCAAUGGAGAUAAUGCGACUGCUGCCCUGGAGGAAGAGCUCCAGAUUCUUGGAGAGAGGUGGGCAGCUAUAUGCAAAUGGACUGAGGAGCGCUGGAUACUGUUGCAAGAGAUUCUUUUUAAAUGGCAGUACUUCACUGAAGAACAGUGCCUUUUUGAUGCAUGGCUGAUGGAGAAGGAGGAGUCAUUGAAUAAGGUUCAGACAACUGGUUUCAGAGACCAGAAUGAGAUGGUCGCUAAUUUGAGAAAAUUAGCAAUUCUGAAAGGAGAGCUGGAGAUGAAACGACAGUUCAUGGAUAAACUUUGUGCCCUUUGUCAGGAUCUCCUCAUGACAUUGAAAAAUAAGGUUGUAGCUCAGAAGUUACAGGCGAGGCUUGAGGAAUUUGCUCAGCGCUGGGAUGAUCUUGUACAGAAACUGGAGAACUACUCCAAGCAGAUGUCGCAGUCUGUCACCACAACUCAGACGUCAUUAACACAGACCACGCUAAUGGAAACUGUAACCAUGGUUACCACCAAAGAGAAAAUUUCGGUAGCGCAGAAAGAGGAACUUCCUCCACCCCCUCCUCCUAAGAAGAGGCAAGUCCUUUUGGACUCUGAGCUCAGGAAGAGGUUUGAUGUUGAUACAACAGAGCUGCACAGCUGGAUGACACGAUCAGAAGCCAUCCUGCAAAGCCCAGACUUUGCAAUCUAUCGGAAAGAAGGAAGUAUCUCGGAUCUUCAGGAGAAAGUUAAUGCUAUCGAGAAGGAAAAACCUGAAAAAUACAGAAAAUUGCAAGAUGCCAGCAGAUCAGCCCAAGCCCUGGUGGAACAGAUGGUGAAUGAGGGAAUUUCAUCUGCUGAUGACAUCAAACAGGCUUCAGAACAGCUCCACAACCGUUGGGAGGAAUUUUGUCAACUAUUGGUGGAAAGGGUGGACUGGCUGCAGUAUCAGAGCAAGAUCAUCGCUGUCUCUUCACAGCUGCAGCAGCUUGAGCAAGCUGUGAUCUCUGCAGAGAGCUGGCUAAAAGCACAACAGCCACCAGCCACUGAGUCAGAUACUGCAAAGAUCCAAUUGGAGAAAUGCAAGGAGGAAAUCUCGCGAUUGACAGCAUUACAGCCAUUGGUUCAUAAGCUGACAGAACGAGGGGCUGAGUUAAAACAGAAGGAGGAAGUGCCCAAGUCUUUAGGGGCUGAUAUCAUGGCCUCCACCAGUCAUUUUGCUCACGUUCUUAAAUCUCUGCAGGCUGAAGAGAAGCAUCUGCACUCGCUUCUCCACAGCCUACCUACCCUUCGCUACAAGGAGACAAUAAACACCUUGGUUUUGUGGAUCCAACAAUGUGAAGCCAAGUUAACUGUACCUCGUGUCACAGUCACAGAAUAUGAAAUUAUGGAGCAGCGCCUCAAGGAACUGAAAGUUUUACAAGGGUCUUUCCAGGACCAGCAGAGUGGCCUGAAUUAUCUCACCACAGCUGUAGAAGAGGUAUCCAGCAAAGCACCAGCAGAAGUCAGCCAGAAAUAUGGAUCUGAACUUGAAGGAAUUGUUGGCCGUUGGAAGAAAUUGAGUGUUCAUUUGAUGGAACAAAGCCAGAAACUUGAGGAACUGAUGACAAAAGUCCAGCAGUUUCAGAAUGAUACAAAAACCUUAAAGAAAUGGAUGGCUGAAGUUGAUGUUUUCCUGAAUGAAGAAUGGCCUGCUCUUGGUGAUUCAGAAGCACUUGAAAAGCAGCUAGAGCAAUGUACUGCAUUAGUAAAUGACAUCCAAACUAUCCAGCCCAGCUUAAAUGGUAUUAAUGAGGUCGGAGAAACCUUGAAAAGCCAGGCUGAGCCCACUUAUGUGGGAAAAUUACAGACCGAGCUCUCUGAACUGAAUGCAUGUUGGGAGAACAUCUGUAAACAGGCGUACGCCAAAAAGACCGCGUUAAAAGGUGGACUGGAUAAGACAAUGAGUCUCAGGAAAGACCUGUCUGAAAUGCAGGAAUGGAUAGCACAAGCUGAGGAGGAAUAUUUGGAAAGAGAUUUUGAAUAUAAAACACCUGAAGAGCUCAAAAAGGCUGUGGAAGAACUCACGAGAGCCAAGGAAGAGGUUUCACAGAAAGAGGUGAAGGUGAAGCUGUUGAGUGAUGGUGUUAACAGUUUUAUAGAGAAGGCUCCACCGGCAGCCCAUGAAGCUUUGAAGUCUGAGUUGGACAUGCUGACAGGCAACUACCAACGGCUUUGCAGCAGACUGAAUAGAAAAUGCAAGACUCUUGAGGAGGUGUGGUCAUGUUGGUGUGAAUUACUGUCCUAUCUGGAGGCAGAAAAUCUAUGGCUUGAUGAACUGGAGCUUAAACUCAGGGAAACAGAGAACCUUCAGGGAGGUGCAGAAGAGAUCUCUGAGGCACUUGAUUCCCUGGAAAAUGUCAUGCGUCACUCAGAAGAUAAUCAAAACCAAAUCCGUGAGUUGGCGCAGACACUGACUGAUGGCGAAAUCCUGGAUGAGCUGAUCAAUGAAAAGCUGGAGACAUUCAAUACUCGUUGGGAGGAGCUCUUACAACAGGCUGUAAGAAGACAGAAAGUCCUUGAGCAGAGCAUUCAAUCAGCACAGGAGACAGACAAAACCCUUCGUUUAAUCCAAGAAUCUCUCGCAUUGAUUGACAAACAGCUAACGUCAUACAUUGCUGACAGAAUUGAUGCAGCCCAGGUCCCUCAAGAAGCUCAGAAAAUCCAGUCCGAUUUGACCAGUCACGAGAUCAGUUUGGAAGAAAUGAAGAGGAGAAUCCAGGGUCCUGAUGCUGUUGGUCUGAGCAAAUCAGCUGGGAGAGUUCUUUCUCAAAUUGACAUAGCACAGAAGAAGCUACAGGAAGUUUCCACUAAGUUCCGCUUGUUCCAGAAACCGGCAAAUUUUGAGCAGCAUCUAUUGGAGUGUAAAAGACUCCUGGAUGAGGUGAAGGCAGACCUGCACAUAUUGGAGAUGAACAGCGUGGAGCCUGAAAUUGUUCAGUCCCAGCUUGACCACUGUAUGAAAUUAUAUAAGAGUCUGAGUGAGGUGAAGUCUGAUGUGGAAACGGUGAUUAAAACUGGACGUCAGAUUGUGCAGAAACAGCAAACAGAAAAUCCCAAAGAACUGGAUGAGAGGCUUACAGCCCUGAAACUACAGUACAAUGACCUUGGAGCUCAGGUGACUGAGGGAAAGCAAGAGCUGGAGAAGUCUCUGAAAUUUUCUCGCAAGCUCAGGAAGGAAGUGAAUGCCUUGACAGAAUGGCUGGCGGCAACAGAUGCAGAACUGACAAGGAGAUCAGCAGUUGAAGGCAUGCCUACUAAUUUGGACAAUGAAGUUGCCUGGAGUAAGGCUACACAGAAAGAUAUAGAGAAAAGACGGUUACUGCUUAACAGCAUUACUGAGACGGGCAAGAGUCUGAAGACCAUGUUAGGAAAGAGUGACAGUGUUGUGGAUGACAAACUUAGUCUGUUAAAUUGUAACUGGAUAGCAGUCACAUCACGGUCUGAAGAAUGGCUCAACCUUCUACUGGAAUACCAGAAACAAAUGGAAAACUUUGACCAGAAUGUUGCUCACAUCACAGCCUGGAUGUAUCGUGCUGAAAUCUUAUUAGAUGAAUCUGAGAAACAGAAGGUUGGACAGAAGGAGGAAGUGUUGAAGCGUCUGAAGUCUGAACUCAAUGAUAUGAGACUAAAGGUGGAUGCUGUGCGUGACCAGGCCUUGGAGCUGAUGACAAACCGUGGAGAUCACUGCAGGGAGGUAGUGGAACCUAAGCUGUCAGAGCUUAAUCAGAGGUUUGAUGCCAUCUCACACAGAAUAAAAACUGGCAAGGUGUCUCCAAAGGAGCUGGAACAGUUUGAUACAAAUAUCCAGCAAAUGAUGGAUGAACUGGAAGCAGAAAUACAACAAGGAGAGAAUCUGAAGGAAGGGGAUUUUGAGAAAGAGAUGAGUGAAGAUGAUGAGAGGAGAAUGAAUGAACUGGCAAAAAUGGGAGACACUUUGCAACAGAGUGUCACAAAUGAGAAAAAGCGAGAAGAAAUUAGAAUGAAACAACAGAUGCUGCAGGCUAAAUUUAAUAUUCUCAAGGAUUUGAGAUCUAUUAGGAGAAAGAAGGCGCUGGAGAUUUCUCCACAGUGGUAUCAGUACAAGAAGCAGGCCGACAAUCUUUUGCAGUGGUUGGAUGACAUUGAGAAAAGGUUAGCCAGUCUUCCAGAACCCAAAGAUGACCAGAAGAUGAAGGAGAUGGAUGCUGAACUGGAAGAGAAGAGAGGAGACCUGAAUGCAGUGUGCAGGCAAGCACAGAGCCUGUCAAAGAAAGGAGCUGCUAAGGCACUGGAGCUGCAGCUGAUCCAGCUCAACAAACGCUGGAGUGACAUUGAGAGCAAAUUUGUUCAACAUCGAAGGUUGAACUAUCCGCAAAUUCAAAGUAUUUACGAAGAGAACAUUGUAACUGUGCUGACUGAAGGGAUACUGCCUGAAACCUCUUAUGUGCCUUCCGCCUACCUGGCAGAGAUACGGCAGCUUCACCAAGCUGUGUGUGAUGUGGAAGUUCUGCUCAACUCCCUGGAGCUCCAAACCAAGGACUUUGAAGAUUUCUCUAAGCAGGAUUCUUGUUUAAAGAACAUAAAAAGGAACUUGGAGAAGCUCUCGGGCCGAGUGGAAGCAGUUCACAGCAAGAAACCCGCGGCUUUACGGACCGUCUCUUAUACAGAUGGGGAACACAUACAGGACGCAGUGGCUCAGCUCGAUGCUAAAUGGGAAAAUGUAAACAAGAUGUACACUGAUCGACAAAUGAGAUUUAAUAGAUGUGUGGAGAAAUGGCGUACGUUCAACUAUGACAUGAAAGACCUGGCCAAGUGGAUGACAGAAGCAGAACGGAUCCUGGCUGACAUUAAGGUGGACACUGAAAAUAUAGAGCCGGAGAGAACCAAACAGAAACUCCAGGAAUUACAGAAUGGAAUUGGAAGCCAGCAAGCUGUUGUCACAUCUCUGAAUGUGACUGGGGAGGAGAUUAUUGGACAAUCAUCAACAUCCGACGGUGGCAUCCUCAAGGAGAAGCUCAGCAACCUGACCAGACGUUGGCAGGAGAUCUGCAGACAGGUGGAUGAGAGAAAAAGAAGGUUAGAGGAGGAGAAGAAUAUUUCAGAAUUACAGGAAGACCUGAAUGAAUAUUUCUGCUGGUUAGAAGAAGCAGAGAGCCUUGUGGGAGUAGAACUUGACCCUGGAAAUGAGCAGCAGCUAAGAAAUUCGCUGGAGAGAGUCAAGUUUCGAGUGGAUGAAUUUCCUCCACGGAAAGGGAUAUUGAAACGUAUAAAUGAGAGUGGAGGAGUGGCACUCAAAAGCACCAGUCUGGUCCCAGAACAACGCUUUAAUCUGGAAACUGGGCUCUUGCAGGCUAAUAAUCGUUGGACCAAGGUGUCAAAAAAUCUGCCUGAUAAACAGAACGAAAUAGAAGAGUUAUUGAAGGACUUUACACGAUUACAACAGCAGCUAAAUCUACUAACACUGUGGGCCUCUUCUACAAAGGAUCAGUUGGAGUUAUACAAGCAAGCACCAAUACCAGAAGUCUUUGAUAUUAAGGAGACAGAAGAAGGAGUACUAGCCAAACAGGCUGAUGUGGAAGGCAUAUUGUUCAAGGCGCAGCACUUCUGUAAGGAAAAGCCCAUCCCUCAACCAUUGAAGGGAAAAAUUGAAGACCUAAAUUCUGACUGGAAGAAGAUUAACACCUUACUGAACGACCUAAAACAAAGGCAUCAACCUGGUGUUCCUUCAACCAGACAGCAAACAGUUACUGUGGUGACUCAGACCCUUGUUACUACGGAAACCUCUGUCACCAAGUCAGACAUGCCAUCUUCUUUACUCAUGGAUGUUCCAGCUUUGGCUGACUUCAACAAGGCCUGGGUGGAAUUGACAGACUGGCUCUCAUUGCUGGAUCGUGUGAUCAAGUCUCAACUCGUGACAGUGGGAGAUGUUGAGGAAAUCAAUGACAUGAUCAUAAAACAGAAGGCCACUUUGCAAGAUUUGGACCAAAAGCGCCCUCAGCUGGAUGAGCUCAUUACUGCAGCACAGAACCUGAAGAACAAGACAACCAAUCAGGAGGCCCGAGCAAUUAUUACAGACCGCAUUGAAAAGGUUCAAACUCAAUGGGAUGAGGUGCAGAACCGGUUACAGUCCCGCACUCAACAGCUACAGGAAAUGCUGAAGGAUUCCAACCAGUGGCUUGAACCCAAGCAAAAGGCAGAGGAACUUCUAGAGAAAGCCAGAAGCAAGCAGAGCUCCUGGAAGGAAAUGUCCUAUACUGUGGAGAUACUAAUGAAGCAGAAUGCAGAUGUCAAGCAAUUCAUGAUGGAGCUGCAGCAGUGGCAGAUAAUUGUAGACAUGGCCAACGACCUUGCACGCAAGCUUUUGCGGGAUUACGCAAUGGACAAUACCAGGAAGGUGGAACUGAUGACAGAUAACAUUAAUGUUUCAUGGGCAGCCAUUAAUAAAAGGGCCAGUGAGAGGGAGGCUGCACUGGAAGCAGCCCUCAGAUUGCUGCAGCAGUUCUAUCUGGACUUGGACAAAUUCCGGGCCUGGCUUACAGAAGCAGAGACCACUGCCAAUGUCUUGCAGGAUGUCCCCUAUAAAGAGAGACUACUGGAUGACGCCCAGCUGGUUCGAGAGCUGACGAAACAGUGGCAGGAUCUUCAGUCAGAAAUUGAUGCACACACUGACAGUUACCAUAACUUGGAUGAGAAUGGACAGAAAAUACUUAAAGGACUGGAAGGUGCAGAGGAUGGGGUUUUGUUACAGAGACGUCUUGAUGACAUGAACUUUCAUUGGACUGAGCUCAGGAAAAAAUCGCUAAAUAUUAGAGCCUGCCUGGAAACGAGCGCCGAGCAGUGGAAGCGACUACACAUCUCUCUCCAGGACUUAUUGGCAUGGCUGAAUUUGAAGAAUGAUGAGCUAACGAGGCAAAGACCUAUUGGUGGUGAUGUUCCUUCUGUACAACAGCAGAAUGAUGUUCACAGAACUUUCAAGCGGGAGUUGAAGGCCAAGGAACCAGUGAUCAUGAGUGUUUUGGACACAGUGCGUCUGUUCUUGGCUGAGCAGCCUAUCGAAGGUCCUGAAAGUCUUUUGUCAUCACCAAAAGUGAAAACACCUGAAGAGAAUGCCCAGGCUGUUGCCAGAGUCAUUCGGAAGCAUGCCGAGGAGGUAAAAGUAGAGUGGGACAAGUUGAGCACUCGCUCUGUUGAUUGGCAGAAGCGUAUAGAUGAGGCCUUGGAGAGGCUCCUGGAAUUACAAGAUGCAAUGGAUGAAUUGAACCGUAAACUGAGACAGGCCGAGGCUAUCAGAGAUACCUGGCAACCCGUGGGGGACCUGCUGAUAGACUCGCUGCAGGACCAUAUUGAAAAAGUCAAGGCUUUCAGAGCAGAAAUUGCUCCUUUGAAAGAGAAUGUGACUCACAUGAAUGAUCUUGCCCGCCAGUUCACACCACCAGACAUCCAGCUAUCUCCAUACAAUCUAAACCAACUGGAGGACUUGAAUACACGUUGGAAGCUCUUACAAGUGUCCAUAGAUGAACGCUUGAAGCAACUACAUGAGGCCCAUAGGGAUUUUGGCCCUACAUCCCAACACUUCCUGUCCACUUCUGUCCAGGGUCCUUGGGAGCGGGCAAUAUCUCCCAACAAAGUGCCCUACUAUAUCAAUGCAAAGACUGUGAUCGGAAGUAAACUAAGCCACCAGACCCAGACUACCUGCUGGGAUCACCCCAAGAUGACGGAGCUUUAUCAGUCACUAGCCGACCUAAAUAAUGUAAGGUUCUCUGCAUACAGAACAGCCAUGAAGCUGCGAAGACUGCAGAAAGCACUUUGCCUGGAUCUUCUCUCAUUGCCAAGUGCUUGUGAGGCCUUUGACCAGCACAAUCUAAAGCAAAAUGAUCAACUAAUGGAUAUUUUGGAGAUAAUUAACUGCCUGACUUCAAUCUAUGAUCGACUGGAACAGGAACACAGUAACCUUGUCAAUGUGCCUCUCUGUGUGGACAUGUGUCUUAACUGGCUCCUCAAUGUCUAUGACACUGGUCGAACAGGGAAGAUUCGUGUUCUGUCCUUCAAAAGUGGCAUAAUGUCGCUGUGCAAAGCACACCUUGAAGACAAAUAUCGCUAUCUGUUCAAGCAAGUGGCAAGUCCCAUUGGAUUCUGUGAUCAGCGGAGGUUAGGGCUUCUGUUACAUGAUGCAAUUCAGAUUCCACGCCAGCUGGGAGAGGUCGCAUCAUUUGGAGGCAGCAACAUUGAACCUAGUGUUCGAAGCUGCUUCCAGUUUGCCAACAACAAGCCAGAGAUUGAGGCAGCUUUGUUCCUGGAUUGGAUGAGGCUAGAGCCACAGUCUAUGGUCUGGAUGCCAGUGCUUCACCGAGUGGCAGCAGCAGAGACUGCCAAACACCAAGCCAAGUGCAAUAUCUGCAAGGAAUGUCCUAUCAUCGGAUUCAGGUACCGAAGUUUAAAGCACUUUAAUUAUGAUGUCUGCCAAAGCUGCUUCUUUUCUGGUCGAACGGCAAAAGGACAUAAAAUGCAUUACCCAAUGGUGGAAUACUGCACACCGACAACUUCAGGAGAAGACGUCCGGGAUUUUGCUAAGGUAUUAAAAAACAAGUUCCGAACAAAGAGAUACUUUGCAAAGCAUCCCCGGAUGGGAUAUCUGCCAGUACAGACAGUUCUGGAGGGGGAUAACUUAGAAACUCCUGUUACUCUGAUCAACUUCUGGCCAGUAGAUUAUGAACCUGCCUCAUCUCCUCAGUUGUCACAUGAUGAUACUCAUUCACGAAUUGAACAUUAUGCUAGCAGGCUAGCAGAGAUGGAAAACAGAAAUGGAUCUUACUUGAAUGACAGCAUCUCACCCAAUGAAAGCAUAGAUGAUGAACAUUUACUGAUUCAGCACUACUGUCAGAGUCUGAACCAGGAGUCACCCUUGAGUCAGCCUCGGAGCCCUGCUCAAAUUCUCAUCUCACUGGAGAGCGAAGAAAGAGGAGAACUGGAAAGAAUUCUAGCUGACCUGGAAGAUGAAAACAGAAACCUUCAGUCUGAGUAUGAGAGGCUGAAGCAGCAGCAUGAUCACAAAGGCCUGUCCCCCUUACCAUCCCCUCCUGAAAUGAUGCCCAUUUCACCACAAAGUCCCAGGGAUGCCGAGCUAAUCGCUGAAGCCAAACUGCUUCGUCAGCACAAAGGCCGCCUUGAGGCCAGGAUGCAGAUCCUGGAAGAUCACAACAAGCAGUUGGAAUCCCAGCUGCACAGGCUGAGGCAGCUGCUGGAGCAGCCACAGACAGAGGUCAGGGUAAAUGGUACUACAGUCUCCUCCCCUUCUACUUCCUCGCAAAGAUCAGAUAGUAGUCAGCCAGUGCUACUCCAUGGAGUCGGCAGUCAGACUUCAGGAACAAUAGGUGAGGAUGAAUUGCUGAGUCCUCGCCAGGGUACAAGCACUGGAUUGGAGGAAGUGAUGGAGCAGCUCAACAAUUCCUUUCCAAGCUCCCGACGUAACAAUGUAGGCAGUCUCUUCCAUAUGGUGGACGACCUGGGCCGAGCAAUGGAAACCUUGGUGACGGUCAUGACCGAUGAUGAGACAGCAGAGUAACCAGAUGUGCUUUAUCACAACAUUGGCUUCAGAUGUCAAGCAUGGUUUUUAUAUGUUCAUACAAAAUAUAAAUGGAUUGGACCGUACAGGUUUACAAGUUUAAAAAAAAGAAAACAUCUAUUUUUUUGUGAAAGGUAGUGGUAAUAUACCGUAGAUUUCCGUAGUUUCCUAAGUCUGUUAUUGUUUUGUUAACAAUGGCAGGUUUUACAGUUCUAUGCAAUUGUACAAAAGAAUAGAAUGAAAACAUAUAAAAUCUUGGUAGCUACAUACCUUGCCAUUUCUUUUUAUGGAGCGUGUUUCGGAUUGUUAACUUUGUAACAAUUAUGAAGAUUGUUCACUAAAAGGGUGCUUUCUUACAAAAUAUACAUAAUUUUAUUGUUUAUAAACCCCCAUCCUGAGAAGAAGACAAUUUUGAAAUUGUAAUUGUAAUUGCAUUUGUCUUUGCAUCAUUACAGCUCUAAUCAUAUAAGCAAAAAUGUCCAUGAUCAGUGUUGUUCUUUUUUUUCUUAAUCAGUAAACUAUUGUAGCACAUAGCAGUACCAAAACUCUUUAUCUGACAUUCAUUCCCAAAGCUCCAUUUUCUUUUAAUGAAAUGCCAGGAAUGAAUCGCUGCAUCUCCCAAGAACUCACAAUCACUUGAGCAUAACAAUCACACAUUGGACAGCUCUUAUUUGUUAGACAUUAGAGAUUUUGUCUACAAAAAUCAAUCAUUAAUUACCAUGUUAUUUCUACCUCACUUUUUUUGUUUUUGGGUAAAUUUUAACAGAUUAAACACCAUUCAAAAAUGCAUAAAUUUAAAAGUCAGAUGCAUAAAAUCUUCCAGUAGACUUCUCGAAUUAAAUAACGCAAAUUGCCUCUCCAUUAUCGGUCUAAAGUUUUCGAGAGCAUAUGUGGCUAUUUGUAGUUACAUGAACUUUCUAAGGCAAAAGUUGAACCAACUUUUUUUAAGAUAUCAUCAGUUUUCUAAUCCAUUUAAAUAAGGUACAAACAAAGGGUUAGUUUACUACAGAUGUUGCUGCUUAACUAGGUAUUUGCUUGCAGCAGCUGUGUUCUCAGUUGUGAUUUCAUUAAAUAGAAUAUUAGUUUUUUGGGGUGAGUCAGAAAACAGAUGCAAAAUAUGAAUUACUGUUACCUUAAAAAUAUCACAAGAAACAUUUGAGUUCACUUUGUAUGACCUGAAUGUAUUUGACUAUGGAAGUAAUCAGUAUAACUUGGUGCAUAAAUAUCACUAUGGCAUGUUACGUCAUUUUAACCAGUAUUGUUUGUUAUUCAAAUAUCAUCAUAAUAUAUUGCAUUAUGCAUUAUGUUAACAUCUUCAAUACAUAUACUAAUUGUUUUGUAAAGUAUAUUUUCCUGCAUAAUCACCACAUACCAAGUUUCCACACAAUAUAUGCCUUACUAUUGUAUUAUAUAUUGCUUUACUGUGUAUACAAAUAAAGCACGCAGUUAUAUUAA